AUCAAAUCAAGUCUCAAAUUUUUCGACAAAAACACUCCAAAACAUCUAACCGGAAAAAGCAUUAGGAUGUUAUUCGAGCCAACAAAAACCUGUAUUUCCGGUACCUACGUCAUCACGUGACCCUCACAGGAGGAUAACGAAAAGCUCACACAACUGCCGAACGCAACAGACGGGUACGUGGGAAGUUUACCUCUAUCAUGCUGGAAAAAACUUUGUGGGAGCGGUUCUUAGAUACGGUAGAGCCUCAUCUACCUGAACACCUUCACUGGAAUGAAAUAUGCGUAAGUUUCGAGCCAUUUUUACAUGCUAUUAAAGCGAGUAUUAAAGUAUAGGCUGCUUCAUUUUGCACUAUAAAGCUUACCGGUACCGGUAAGUGAACUUGUGCCGCCGUCAAAGCGUUAUGCAAUCUUAUUCUUUUUCAUUCUCUUUCUAGUGGACAUUUGUUUAUUAUCUGGCUGAAGCAAGGCGCCAUAUUCAUCGAUGGUGCAGAGGAAUGGAAGCUUGGGAGGCAAGAUAAGCUUUAUUUUUUUCGAACAUGUGAAAACUCAGGUUAACUGGGACUUUUAAAUAAGCUUACACCUGUGCAUGUGAGGUUAUUCUUUAAGAGCAAGUUGUUUCUAUUGAUUUGGUCACUGUAGCUUUCCUUUAAAGAAAAUUCUCUCGCCCAGUAAUCCAUGGUUUUAAGUUAUUUUAAGCUGUUAGGUUAUCGAGAAUUGUGACACAACGUCCAGGGUUUACGUAAAGGUCAUUCAGUGCCACACGAGAAUUGAACUUCCUGAGUGACAUUUGAACGUCAAUUUUCGGAGAAUGUUUCCCGGAACAUUUAGACUAUUUUGACUAGUUACCGUAAAAUUCUGAAAAUAAGCCCCUCCAAGUAUAAGCCCCCCAUUCCGGUAACAAAAAACCCUCCGUUAAAUCGCCCCUCCAAAUAUUAGCCCCCCCAGGGGCUUGUGCUUGGAAAAUUGCCCUCAAAUACAAAGUAAAACAAGGCAAGCACGGUAAUUUCCUUCCAACUAUAAGGCUAGCCCAAUCAGUUUUGAAACGGAAAUUUCCCUCCAUAGAUAAGCCCCUCCAAAUAAAAGCUCCUCCAAAAAUAAGCCCCUCAAAAAGAGUCUUUGAAAAAUAUAAGCCCCGGGACUUAUUUUCGGAAUUUUAUGGUAUUCCCGAUGUAUUCCAUCACAUAGCAUACAGUAUGGUGAUACGGUGGAAUACGUUUCGUUCCUAAUCAGAUUACAGUCGACUCCCGAUAACUCGAACCUUCAAGGGAAAUUGAAAAAAGGUUCGAGUUAUCGGGAGUUCGAAGAAAGUAGCUGAGGAACAGGGAAAAAACAGUUUUUACUGCACAUUGAACAUCUUAAUCACAUCUAAUUGUAGAAAUGUCAAGUGAAAAUUAAAAGAUACUUCUAGAUUAUAAAUCAGAGCGUAACGUAACAAAACAUAGCCUAAAUAGAGCAUGCGUUUUACUGUUUUGAGAAGCAAAGCUGCUUUACGUUAGCCUGUGACAAUCAACAUCAGCCUCCACUAGUAAACUAUACUCCUACAACACGUCAAUAAGAAAUCCAAAAUUCAAUGUUUCAGACACCAGUAGACGGCUUUUUUCCCGACUUUUUAAGGGCUCAAAACAUGGUUCGAGUUAUCAAGGGUAAAAUUGUAUAGACAAUUACCUGAGGGGAGACGAAAAUUGGUUCGAGUUAGCGGGAGUUCGAGUUAUCAAGGGUUUGAGUUACCGAGGGUAAAAUCCAGGGGAAAUCGAUUUGGGUUCAAGUUAGCGCGAGGUUCGAGUUAGCGAGGGUUCCAGUUAUCGGAGUCGCCUGUAUUUUCAAGUUGCAACUUGUGGAACAACAACUUAACAACAGCUAUUAUGUAAGUUACAGUAGUGUUCUGGCUUACAUUCAGCUUCUUCUAACUCUAAAUUGAAUGGGACAUCAAAAAAUAGCAAGAUAUUAAGGUGGAAUUUUAAUUUUCAGUGGACAAAGACCUUGUACCAGAAUAAUUUUAAGAAACAUUUUCUCAGAAAUAUAUUUAAUAUAUUUCUGAGAAAAUGGUAAUUGUGGAAAGACUGUGGAUUCCUUGUAAGCAGCCACCUUCCGUAAGUGACUGCUUUUGUUGGCAUUUUGAUAAGUCAUUCAUGGGAGAUUUAACUGGUUUUUAAUUUUUUCAGCCCACUCAAAAUAAACCAGCAGCCGGCAAUUUUGCUACUUUCAGGGGAUAAUUGGCUGCAUACUCACCACUCAAUUUUAAAAAAUAAUAUUAAGUAAAAACUACUUCGGAUGAAUCCUUUGGUGCUUUAUACUCUUGUUAACCUUUUUUCUUCUGCAAAAUAUUUUGACUGGGCUGUAUUUGAUUAAUAUUAUUUAUCUAUUUAUGUUGCAGAUUGUUGUAAACACAGUCACCUACUGUUUUUGCGUCUGGCUUAUGACAGAAGUUCUUCGAUGGGUGAUUGGUUGGGCCUUCUUCCGAGAAAAAAGUAAGAUUUAAGGUGCAUUUUCAGUUUCAUAAUAAGUACAAUAAUUAAAAUUUAAAUGUAAAAUUAAUAAAUACCUAGUGCCAAAUUGUAACAAUAACCAUACAUAUAUAAAGUCAACUCUUGCCCUGCAGACACCCCGCUCUAACGGACCUCCCAGUAAUAUGGAUAGCAGCUAAAUCCGGGGCAAAAAUAAAUUACAGACAUAAUAAACUCCUGCUGUUACGGACUCUCACUAAUGAGGACACCAAAUAAAGGACCCUAGUACAAAACUUAUCUUGUUGGCCCCCUUGCACCUGGGGUUCCCUGAGGCUGUCUAUCACUCCUUCAAAAUCUAGCUGCAUUGCAUGUUAAGGCCCUUUGCAACCCAGUUAAAAUGAUAGGCUGAAGAUCAAAGGUGUGGCUUAUUGACAUGACAUUAAAAGAUGCAACCCUGAAAGGCAAAAAAGGCACUCAUGGUUAUCUGUGUCAAGGGGAAAACCACUCGUUAUUCAUUCAUUAUCCAUUCGUUAUCAAUUCAAAUGCUUUCAAAAAACCGUUCAAAGUGUUUGACUGCUUGUUGAAGAGGUUGAAUAUUUGUCCACAAUAUGUUUGGCAAGCCCUAACUUUGUUGACGAGAGUCGAAGAGUGUGCUUUUUGAAGGAUAAUAAUAAAAAAAUAAUUUCUAUAUAUGCAUGAGGAAAUUUUUAGAGUAUAUGAUGAAACGUUUGCUUUGUAGUCCAAACAAAUAAUAAUUAUCUCCUUGAUUUCUUUGGACUCCCAUUACAAAUCAAUGUUUCCACAUCAUUUACUCAUUUACUGAUUCUAAUCCAUUAGAAAUGAGUGUUUAAUACUAUUUUAUCCGUAAAGUGUAAUGAAAAAAGAUCAACGCUGCAAUUUGCAAUUUUAGGUCUCAGAGAAAGAGUGAAGAAAGGGUUUUUUAAGUUAGUGAGAAGAUUACCAUACUUGAAAGACAGGGUAAGAGAUAUCUAUAUCUGUACCCCCAUCCACAAAAUUACAUUGCAUUAAAUUUUGUUCAUACAUGUAUCAACAACAUGUAUGUUGUAUCAAACUGUGCCUCAAUGAUUACUGACUGAUACUAGAGCUCUCAAUGUAUUUACCUCUACCCUUUGGAUAUUUGCUGUCCAGCCAAUUUUAUUGAAGGCUGCCAGUUCCACCCUGAUGUUAAGUCAGAUUUUUCUUGAUCCAGUGGUAAUGAUGUACAGCAGUGCCCUUUGUCUUUUAAUGUCAACAGAUAGCUAAUGAAAUGCAGCAGUCAGUGGAUGCAAUGGAGAGGACAGCCUUUCCAGUGAGAGAAGGAGAAACUUUUCACAUGAGGGUAAGUUACUUGUAGAUAGUGAAUAGUUAGGUCUGAUGGUCAUGUGCAGUACAUUAAAUCACUUACACUGUAAAUUGAAAGUGUAAAAUUGUGGUUGUGGUUGGAGGUGGAAGCUGUAGAGAAGGUUAAGCGUACAGUUGUGUUUGUAAAGAGCUGCUUGAAAGUAAGCUUUCAUUGCAUCAAACCUCUGUUAGAAAGCUUACACUGUGCAUCUGUGUUUAAUGGUCACAAGUUUGGUGUAGACUACGGAGGUCUGAGAAUUGCCUAGACCAUUUUUAGUAUGAUUAGGAGGCUGUUGAUUGCUGUUUUUUAAUAGAAUGAAGUGCAAAAGGGCAAGUGCAAGAUUCAGUUGCUAACAAUACUUAAUACUUUUCUUGCCUGUUGAGCAACUUGUGAUAGAGAAAACUACAAUGGAGGACAAAAGAACUUGGGACUGUGUGAAAAAGCCCUUCCAAGCAAUAGUUCCGUAGGACUCUGCUCCUAAGGACAAUUUUUUGCUCAGCUUUGGGUUCAUCCCGUCGUCCCCCCACUUCCCCCAGCAAUGUUGUGGCCAAAAGAAGCACUCAUUUUCACCCAUUUUGCUCCAAAUCCAACUUUGUUCGGGGUGGGAGGGGAGGGGUCGCUAGUUUUGGUAAUAUCACUAGAAAGGUCCCAACACUUUUGACCUCCAUUGUAGCAACCCCCUCUAUUAUCAUCCAAUAGUUCACUUAUUAAAAAGUGAUCACCUACACAGUAUGUAUUUAGCUGACAUACAAGUAUCACUGUUGCCAUGUAAAUACAGCAGGUAGAUAGGCAGGGAAUCAAACAGUUAGGAAUUUCUUUUGGUUCUAUUUUUCUUUUGUUUUCCUAUGAAAGUAACAGGGGUGACCUUGAUACAUAGUCAGGGAAAUCCCUGGCCCCCGUCAUUUUUGACACCCUGAAUAAUGUAUAUAUGUAUACAAUAUCAGCAGCUUUUACACUGUAACUAUGUGGAAUGUGAGUGUGGUGUACAUGUACAGUGUAAAUAUUAAUGUGCAUCUGGUAUGACACAAAUAGUUGAUAUUUAUUUAUUAAUUUUAUUUUUCUCACUUUUAAUAAAUUUUUUCUCUGCUUUUUUUUCUAGCUGCCAAUAAAAGGAAUGAAAGAGGUGAUUAAAAGGAAUUUUCUAUUUUUCAUGUUUGCUCAGUUAUAAGUGCUCAUUAAUUUGAGGAACACAAAAAGUAUUAGUUUGUUUUGUUCAUGAAAAUAAAACAUCAGUUUUCCUUUGCAGUAGCCAGAAAUUGAUACCAUUAAGGUGCAGCCAUCAUCAGCAACUGCAAUUUUUUUCUUUCUCAACUCUAAACCAUCAAUGAAAAGAUGUACUACUACAUACCUGUUUAUCACUCUAUAACAAUAUUUUAUUCUAUAUUUUUAUUGUACUUUUAUUUCACUAUCUAUAGAAAGAACUCCUGAAAGAAGUUGAUGAUUACUUGAAAAUGGGUAUGUUGGCCUUGCCUUGUAUCAUUCAUAAUCUAUAUUUCAGGAUAAUGCUGUUGAUGUUUUAAGUGCAAGAAAGAUGUUUCUGCUUUCUCAGACUCUGAGUUGGAUAGUGUGCGGAAUGAGGUAGCAGAUGGUUGGAAAGUGAUGGAGAAAGAAAACUAUGGUUGAAAGCAGAAUUCAGAAGUGCGUUUUCAUGCUUGUAAAAUUUGAAUUCUGCAAGAACAUGGGUUACUCAUUUGCUGUCUUGACUACCACUGACUUUUGGGUGCUCACUUAAUUUGCUGGCAUCUAUCGAGUUUCCUUAAAGUCCUUGCAGAGGAGAAAAAAUUACACACAUCCAAUUUACACAUUAUUAUUACGUUUCUGCUGUUCAGUGUAAUAUUGAUAUAUCAUUGAUUCUCAGGUAAUGUAAAGUGGCAGGAAGGUCGGGUUUCUGGAACAGUUUAUUGUGGAAGUAAAGAACUCACUGAUUUGCUUACUAAGGUAUUUUUGGGACUUGAAGUGCAGUGGUAUUUUACUGGUAAAAUGCUUUCCAAUUUGUUUAACUGUCAAUACCCAUUUGAAAAUGUCUAGAGUUUAUAUACCAAUCAUCCAAUCAAAACUGCUUUAAUGUGUAGUAACUUUAUUGAACUUAUGUAUAAUUUACAAUAUUACGUGAUAAUAUUACAAUACAUAACAUGGUGCAGAGAAGACUGCCACAUCAUGGAAAAUGCUCUUACUUAACAUUGGUAAUAAAACAUCCCCCCCCCCCAAAAAAAAAAAAACAGACAGACUUUGUUUUAAUACUAUUUACGUCUGUGUACUGUGGUAAGAAUUUUUGUGUGUGUUUGUUGUAGGUAUAUUCAAAGUUUGCUUGGUCCAAUCCUCUUCACGUUGAUAUCUUCCCAGAUGGUGAGUAGUACAUCGCUUUUUUUUUUCCCUUCAAUGAGAUAAUGAUUUGUUGCUAAAGGAAGAACAACUACAUAAAUUAUAGACAUUCUCAUUUCCAACUAUCAUGUCAAGGCUGGCUAAUUAAUGUAGUAAUUUAUUUUCAACUGAUUAUCAAUCUAUUGUUACUUUUAUUUCAAACAGUGCGGAAGAUGGAAGCCGAAGUUGUCCAGAUGUGUGUUAAUAUGUUCAAGGGAGGAAAGGAAGCUUGUGGAACGGUAAACACACUAAUGACUGCCAUUAGACAGCCUAUGGAUAUGGCACUAUAGAAAUCCUUGCUAUUAUUAAUAUUAUUAUUACUUUUCGUACAUUUGCAACACAACUGUGGAAGCAGUAUGUCAUAGUUUAUAACCUUGCAUUUAUAACCUUGCUUCACUGGAUGGUGUGUGGCUUUCCUCAAGUGACAUGUGCACCCUUUCACUUUGGAAGAAAUACAAUACAUCGGCAACACAAGAAAAAAUGCCAGAUCAUUGUUUUAAAUGUUAUUAUUUCCUAACCUCUACAGCCAUUUUUAGCGUAUCUCAAGAUUGGGGGAAAAAGGUGUCACAAAUCUAACUUGAGUCCGCUUUUUCUCUUCAAUGUAAAUUAGAUAUUUCAUUUUUUCAGUAGACUAAUGCAUUACUUGCACUGUAAAUAUCUCUAGUUCAUUGGUAAGUUUUUCGUGGUGAGAUUUGGCAAUUUAUAAGGGCAAUUAGCAUUCAAAAAAAUUCUAAAUAUCAAAAUGCAAAUUGUCCUGUUUGGUUCUUACACUGUACAUAUCAGGAGUGCAAGCAAGUUCACCUUGGAUGAUCUACUCUAAAUUCUCCUCAGCUCUUUAAUCAAUUAAACAUAUAUAGGUGUUACUUAAUGUUGUAGUGUUACAUGGCUAAAUGGUGAUAAUCUCUGCACACUUUAGAUGACCUCUGGAGGUACAGAGAGUCUUCUGUUGGCUUGCAAGUCUUACCGUGACUGGGCCUAUGAUCGUGGAAUUGAAAGGCCUGAGAUGUGAGUCCCAAUUUUGCUGUAAGACAAUCAAAAAACUAAAUAAUUUGAAUUUGAUGCCUAGCAUCGCCUCCAAUGAGUCAGAAGCUUUACUGACUCUGAAGCAAACUGAAAUGUACAUGCUUAUAUUAUAAGAAGCUUCAUGUUGCUGUCUUCGCAACUAUUGUUUUCAGUGGUCAGUGAACAAUGUCUGACCAAGAUGACCAUUUGUACAGACAAACUUUUAGUUGGCCAUUCAUUUUGACUGGUCAAGUGCAUGACUUUUAAAUGAAUAACUGGAAAAAAAAUUAUGCACAUUAAUUCUGUAAACCCCCCAAAAAAACAGUUAAAUCAUAAAAUAUUUAGCCAUUUUGCAGAUAUAAAUUCGGAGCUGGCUUUUUGAAUGCCAAUUAACAGUCAGAAACUAGCCAUGACCAAGUCUUGUAGCCAGAUCUCUUGUUGAAAAAUGACCAAGCAAAAACUUGUCUGGCUAGUCAAGAUGCCCGACCACUGUCCAAGAAUUAUUUUUAGCCCUGAAACUAUAAGCUGUCAGUGGGUGAAGCAGCUUCUGAGUUCUAACAUAAGUAAUUUUCAAAUGUAUAUGUAUUUGGCUCUCCCCUUUCCUUUUUAUUCAUCCUUCUGCUACUAAUAUGACACAAUAGACUCAUUUGGCUGACUCAUUGUUGUACUCAAUUCAAAUCUCCCAGGGUUAAGAUUGUGUAUUGUAUUUGCACAUUAUAAUGUGGGAUUCACAUUUAAAUGAUAUGGAAAUUCCUGCAACAAAACGUUUUAUAACCAAAGGGUUUGAAUUGGAUACAACAUUGAGUUAGCUAAAUAGGUCUAUUCCUGUAAAAAUAUUUGAAUCUUAUUGUUUUCUUCUUUUUUUUUCAGUGUGGCACCAGUUAGUGUACAUGCAGCUUUUGAUAAGGUAUUUCAAUAUGUUCAUCAUAGCCCUCUUUAGUUAUUUAUAAAUAACGAUUUGCAGGUAGCUCAUCCUCAUAGUGGUUCUUCAUCUACCUGAUUCCUGGUCGAAUUGGAAUUUGGAAAUGUUUGUUUUUGAGGAGACAGGAAAACCGGAGUACCCAGAGAAAAACCUCUCUCAGCAAAGGAGAGAACCAACAACAAACUCAACACACAUAUGGCGUCGACGCCGGGAUCGUAUUUCGUUUUUGUUUUGUUUUGUAGGAGGGGGGUGUUUUGUUACACAAUUAAUGGCCCCUUUUCCGCUGGCAAUUUUGUAUUGUCAUUGCUACAUAGAACUAUAAUUCCUGAAUUAACUUUCAGUGUUAAAGGUUCGCCAGGGUGCAAAGAAAGUCAUUUUUACAGCCUGCCAUUCGGGCAAGCUGUAACUAGUAUGUACUAGCUCACAAGUCAUUUCAACUAGCCCCAAAACCCUUUUUGAUUAGCAGGAUUGAUUACAAUCCUUUUGUGAUUUGAUUUUCCCCAAAAAACAGCACUUGCCCAUCAGGCAAGUUAAGAACAAAAAUCACUAGCCCGAUAGCAAAAUCCACCAGCCCCAGGCUAUGGGACAUGACUUUCUUUGCACGCUGUUUGCUGUGUCGUCAAAGCACCUCCCAUUCGAUUUAUGGUGUUUCAGAGUUUUUUUUCUCUACUUGGUAUCUAGGCAGCACAUUAUUUCAACAUGAAAUUAGUCCACGUUCCUGUUGAUGAGAAAACAAGAAGAUGCAAUAUGAAGGUAAUUAUACCAUUAUUAAGGAAGUAAGUUUGAAAUGUAAUGAUCAACUAAAGUGUCAUCAUGGCCAUCCUUAAAUUUUUGCUUUUCUGUUUAGGCAAUGAAGAAGGCUAUUACAAAGAACACAAUUCUAGUAAGUUAUAGUAAUUUGGACUGUUUUCCCCAUCCAUGUAUAUAAAAUUAAUGAUAAAAUGUCAUAUGAAAAGGAUAGAUCUGAAAAUAAUGAUAUAUAGUUUAGUUAAAAUUGAAUUUUUGUUGGAUUUGUAGAUUUAAUGGAAAUUGGUAUUAAAAUGUCAACUAAAUUAAUGAGGAAUGUCCAUUUAUGUACCAGUUAGCUUACGUACAGUCAACCAUGUGGGUGUUUGUUAACAACAACUUAACUUGCCUUUUGAAAGUUAGUUUUUACAUGUAGGUUUUGAAACUAACGGGAAGAAAGUGAUGUUAAAAAAUGUGGUAGCCUCAUAAGUUUGAAUCAUAUUAUUAGGGUGCUUUUGAUGUAAGGACAAGGACAAGAUUUUUAAAACUUUAAGUUUUUGUGUGUGUUCUGAAAAAAAGACUCUGCAGAAAGUUUCUUUUUAUUUUAUCUUUUUUUUUUACCAAAAAAAAAGUUAGUCCAGUUAUUUAUACUGAAGGAGGCUGAGCCCUCUCCCAAUAGCAAAAUGAUAAAACUUCUAACAUUUUUAUUUGAUAACUUGUUCCCGUCACUACGACAUUCUUGCUAAAUCCGGUUGUAGAAUGACAAUGGCUAUCACUUUUCCCCGCAGAGAUGACGCUAGUUCGCGCAUGAGCAAAACUCAGUAUUGAGGAAAUCUCGUAUUGUAGUCGUCCUUGUCUCAGAAUUGAGCUCUAUUUAUUCAAGGCUGUCAUUAAGGGCUCAGGUCCUUGGCUUCUAUGAACAUGGAAAUCAACAGCUGUAUGAUUCCCCACCCACUCUAUGUAUUUUCCCUGUUAUUUGAAAUCUCAGUGACAGCCCUGCUUAUUGUUUUUUCUUAUUUUUCCAGCUUGUUGGAUCUGCACCACAGUUUCCCCAUGGUGUUAUGGAUCCCAUUGUAGAAAUGGCUAAGCUUGCUAAGAAAUACAACCUGGGACUCCAUGUAGACUCCUGCUUGGGUGGAUUUUUGAUUCCCUUCAUGAAGAAAGCUGGGUAAGGUAUUAGAUCCUCAAGUUUGGUGUUUGUCAUGUCCCUUAGACUCUUAGAUUACUUAUUGUUCUUUUAUUAGUUUUGUAUUUGGUUUCUUUUGUGAGUGGCAGGCAAAGUUAUGCACUGAAGAUAUCUUUCAACAUAACUCUUUGUACUUUUCUGCUGUGUUACAUACUUGAUUUCAAAAUCAAAAGAUGGUUUUGAAUUAACUGUCUGCUGCUCUCCUCUAUUAUAGGUUUGAUCUUCCCCCGUUUGAUUUUUCAGUGGAAGGUGUAACCAGUAUAUCAUGUGAUACUCAUAAGGUACAGUUCUUCAAGAGAUGCUAGUCUACAGAUAUUAGUCAUUUCCUUUUGUGACAAUCUGAUUAUCAUUGCCAUUACGUGUAUGUCAUGUGGCACUAAGGGGGUGUUAAUAUGAGAAAACUCGCACCAGUGUGAGUUUCACGCCGAGAUGACUUCUUGAUUUUGUAUUGUGUUUACAUGUUCGCAUGUUUUUUCAAUGUCCCAUGACCAACAUGAUUACGUCAUCCUAAAUUGCCCAAAUUACGCAUGCACUACCUGUUCCAGUCUACUGGCAGACCAAUUUCACACUGAAACAAGUGGUUUGUCAUUUACAUGAUACUGUUGCAAAAUUUUGUACCUGAGUGAAAUUCUCUUUCACAGACUACAACCAGGGUGAACUCAUGCUGGUGUGACAUGACAUUUUUGUGGUGGUAUUGUGCAAACAAAUAAGGAGCCAUGGGAACCUGAGUGAACUUCGUGCCAGCACAGAAGUUGCCCAGGUGUCAUGUUAACACACCCCCCUAAGCUUCUAGUACAUGUACUUCUUACUAGUAACUUUUUUUACUUUGUAGACAUUUCUUUGAAACCAUCAAGUUUUCUUCAGUGAUUCAGAAUAUUCAUUAUUAUGGUUGCAAAUGUUUCCUUUUCAGUUUUGCAUGAUUGAUAAUUUAGUAUCCCUGAUAAGCUACAUAUGUAGCUGAAGUUGGUUGAGGUUGAAUUGAGACAGUCUUAUUUUUCUUCAGUAUGGAUUUUCACCAAAAGGAUCUUCAGUUAUAUUGUACAGUAACAAGCACCUUAGGCAUUUUCAGGUAAGGAUUCUAACUGUUCCGCCCCUGGCAGUGUUGCCCAAAAUCGCCUUUUCAAGCUAGUCAAGCUGUUUUCUGGUCACUGUCUGUCUUGUUUAAAACGCCAAAUGAUAAGUUGAGCACUUCCCGGCCUUCUUUACUACCAGAUGCAAAAUAUCAGCUAUUAAAGUUAAGGCAUGAUCAGAAAGCAAAAUUUUCCAGACAUAUACUAAUAGUUCUGGUUUGAUUAAAGUGACACAGCAGCCUUGUGCUUGACUUUUACUGUUUGCCCUAUCUCCUCCCCUCUUCUUUUAAUUCACUUUUUCUGCCUUUUUUUGGAGGUUAAAGGGAAACUUUAAGAAAAACUCCUUUAUAAGAAAAUUGGCUGUUGAUAUCACAUCGUGGGAUGUCGUCUUGAGAAAUAAAAUUGGAAUCACAUUAUGUUGUGUUGACCUUGCCUAGUCCCUGUACGGCCUAAUUUUCCUAGGCGUUCUCGGUCAAUUAACUUCGUAGCCUCCCCGCAGACGUCCUUUGGGGUUCGUUCGUCACGCAUGCAUUUCUCCCACACUGACAUCUGCUAAACACAGCCGACAUUUAUGUUCACCAAUCACAGGCCGUUAAAAGAUUUUUGUAAAACGUAACCCGAGCCGCUUGUUCAGAUUCGCACGAUCAGUGAGGCUUUUGAUCGGGUGUGCGAGAAAUUUGUAAUUACAGAGUAAAACAACUGUCAGAGAGAAGCUAUCCUGCAAAAAGUAGAGAAGAUAGACCGAUGAGUUCAUAAAUUUGCCGACGGAGUUUAUUUGCCGUGGGGGAGAAAUGAAUGCGUGACGAACGAACCCCAAAGGACGUCUGCGGGGAGGCUAUUCACUUCGGUGAUGUAUCCCGAAACAAAUUGGCCAUGCAGAAUAACGAGGCCUAGGGACUAGGCAAAUGUUGACCUUUAGUCUUAACUCUUAGGUUAAAUGAGUUUUUAAGUACAUGUAAGUUGUCAUUGCCAUAACCAUAUAAAAUAACAGUUACCACACCUAGACAGGUACCAGUGCAUUAAUUGUGUUAACUUGAGGUUCAAAGAAGUAGAUUAUCUUUUUAUUUAUGACAUUAGAAAAAAUAUGAAUGAGUCUCUGGAUGGCAAUGACUGCUAGAAGAAAGUUAUAAGGCACAUAAAUACCUUUCUUUUUUUUUCAGUUCUUUGUAGCACCCGACUGGCAGGGUGGAAUCUAUGCCUGUCCUACAAUACCUGGCAGUAGGCCUGGUGCAAUUAUCGCUGCAACAUGGGCAGCAAUGAUGCACUUUGGAGAAUCAGGUAUAAACUAAAUAACUCUUUUAGAGCUACAUGUCAUGAUGUCAUAAGUUUUGUGCGACCGACAGCAUCAAAGAUACUCAUUAUCGUUUUUGAUCAGCUUAAUGUUCCAGGUUUUUGUUUACCUAAUUCUACUUAUCCUGCAGGGCCCAGUCUGCCGUGAAAGUAAUGCAAAACCAAGUGCCUUUCUUUUUACCUUCUUUCUAAUUUAGGUUAUGUUGAAAGUACAAGAAAAAUUAUUACAACUAGAAUGAAAAUUGAGGAAGGGUAAGUGAGCUUUAAGUAGCUCUUUUAUGUUAAAAUUCCUUCGUAGACAAAACUAUUAGUUCCUUGCAUAGAUAAUAACAUUUGACAGCCUUAAUCCUGAUCAUCCCCAGACACUCUCUUACAGUUUGUUAACAGAUGCAUUGCUUACACAUGCAUUGUGACUUCUAAACUAUUGAACCUAUUGGGAUUUGGAAUUGAACUCCUUUCUGUAACCCUUAUGAAGCUCAGUUAGGAAGUCUUAGUGCUUAAGGUGGAGAAGUCUUCUUCAGUUGACUUCCUAGUUUAUUCACGUUCUAUUGAGGAAAUGUGGUAUGAAUUCCUUUUCACUAUAUUUUUCACUGCCGCUCAUUUUCACCUUUUUUCACCUCAUUUUCACCUCAUUUUCACCUCUCACACCACCGAUAUAAAAUUUUCAUGUUGUCCUUCCGUCGAAAUUAGUCUCCUUUGUUUUUUAUCUCUCGCUCUAGCUUUUUCUCUGUUAUCGACGUCAGUUUAGACAUUAAAAUUUAGUCGAAAAUAGACAUGGCUUUGUUGUUGUUUUUACUCUCAAAAAGUCCGGAUGGCCAUGCAAUUAACCUCCAAAACGCGCGGAUGCUUGAAAUGCGAAAUUCCACCCCGGCUCACAUGAACGUGUGGACGUACAGACGAUUUUCUCAGAAACAAAAUUUCUUGGAUGCACACGUAUCCAUGGUGCUCCGCUACGCGCGAGAGUUCCGCUAUUAGUUAAGCAAUAGACAUAGGGGACAUCCCAAGGGAGGGGGAGGGGGAGGGGCAGGGGGUUGUACUUUCAUGGGUAAAGGCACUAAAUAAUGACUUUAGCUCAUAAGUGACUUAAACAGCAAUAUCCUGGUGAAUGAUAUAGCCCUCUAUUCGUCUUCUCUCAGCAACAAAUUUGGCUACCGCCUGUUUUGCAUAAUUACAUGUAUGUCCUUAUUUCAGCUGCUCCUUGAGUGCAGCAAUACUUUCAUAAUUGUAUAAGUAACUGUUAGAGAUAACCAGGCAAUUUUCCUUGAUGGCAGCCUUUAUAUAUAACUGUUGUUGUCUCUCUUACUUUGCUGUAGCCUACGAAAAAUCAAAGGAAUAUACGUACUUGGCAAACCUGAAGUAAGCGUGGUAGCGUUUGCAUCAAAUGACUUUGAUAUUUAUCAGCUUGGAGAUGCUCUAACCAAACGAGGCUGGAACCUCAAUUCACUUCAGUUUCCUUCAAGGUUUGUGUUCCUUGUUUCUUCAUGGCAGAAAAUUUAGCUAAAUGUAAUUUAGGCAAAGUUAACCUCAAAGCAAUGCUGGUCAGCAGUUUUUCCAGCUUUGCUAGGCGCUGGCCCAAUGCCUCUAGCAGGGGCUCCUCGUGACUUGUAUACGCAGUUGUUUGCUUGCAGUUCUUCGCCAAGUGUUAUCGCAAUAGCUUGUUGCUUGCUUGCCUUCUUAUUGACAUGUUAUGACCAUGUUUGCAAGUAGACCUGGCUUAUCCAUAUGAAUAUAAAAAAAAAUAUAUAGUUUCAGACGAGAUGAAUAGAGACUUGGCUGAAUGCCCAGUUAACUCCCAUUCACUGCAAACUGUUAUGCUGUAUAGUUGAUGUUAAACUCAUGACUACAUUUGCCUCUAGAAGUUAAUGAAACCUUAUAGAUCAGGCCCCAGUUGUUCAGAAGGUGGAAAACACCAUCCACAGGGUAAAUCUCCAUCCAGUGGAUAACACAAAUUGGUUCUCCUAAUACUUGUCCGCUGGAUAGUGAUUUAUCCGGUGGAUAGCGUUAUUCAGCGUUUGAACAAACCGGGGCCAGAAUAAAAAGCUCUAUAAUACCAAACAACACGUAGGGAACAAUAAUUGUGACCUGACCAUUUCCACCACACUGACUUGAGUUUGAACUAUAAGCAAAAACUCAUAAGGGGUUGAAUUCAACCCCUUAUGGGUUUCUGCUAUAAGUUAAUAUACUCAUGGAUGUUCCACUGUGUGAACUGGUUGCUUCAUUAUUCAUGAUUCUCUUGAACAUCGUCUUACAGUUGAAGCUGGUUUGAUUCCUUUUUGCAGUAUCCAUUUUUGUGUCACUUACCUUAACACUCAAGCUGGUGUGGCCGAGUUAUUUCUUAAGGAUGUGAAAGAGUGCUGCGCUAAACUCCUCAAUGACCCUCAGGCAAAGACCGAAGGCAUGGUAUGUUGUUAGGUUAAUUUAAAACAGGCUGAAAAUUGUACACCAAACACAGUCUCUUUAGACGAGUUUCUUUUGUUGUUUGUUUGUUUGCUUUGCUUUGCACGAGUUAAAGCACUGGCUACAUGAACUGGACCCCUGUAAAUCAACUAUCUCUUAACGGACACCUCGAUUAAAUGCGUUACAGAAAGUGGCUUUAAGUUGGGUGCAUACGUACGGCGAUCACUUUGUUCGUUUAGUUCAUUUAACAAUUAAGGUUUGUUGUCCCUUGUUAUAGGCUGCAAUCUAUGGAAUGGCUCAAGGAAUUCCUGACAGGUCCAUAGUUACUGAACUGGCCUGCUGUUUCCUCGAUUGCAUGUACAACAUCGGCAACACCCAGCCUCAAGCCAAUGGAGUCCACCACAACUAA